AUGAUUGAAGAAGAUGCAGGAAAUGCACCCGCCGCGCUUGAAGAAGGGAUCAAAGCUGCAGUGGACGAGUUAGAAGAAGUCAACUUGGGAAAUGAAGAUCACCUAAGACCUGUCUAUGUCAACAAAGAGCUGGGUGAGGAUGAUAUGAAUGCCUACAUCCGACUUCUCAACGAAUUCCAAGAUGUCUUCGCUUGGUCAUAUAAAGAAAUGCCCGGCUUAGACCCGAAAGUUGCGGUCCACCAUCUAGGUGUGAAGAAAGGAGCUCGCUCUGUGAAGCAAGCGCAACGAAGAUUCCGUCCUGAACUCAUCCCUCAAAUUGAAAAUGAAGUCAACAAACUCAUUGAAGUGGGGUUCAUCCGGGAAGUCAAAUACCCCCAAUGGAUUUCCAACAUCGUGCCUGUAAAGAAAAAGAAUGGACAAAUCCGAGUUUGUGUGGAUUUCCGAGAUUUAAACGAAGCAUGCCCAAAAGAUGAUUUUCCUUUACCCAUAACUGAAUUGAUGAUUGAUGCAACGACAGGACAUGAAGCGCUUUCUUUUAUGGAUGGAUCAUCUGGAUAUAACCAAAUUCGUAUGGCACCUGAAGACGAAGAGUUAACCGCCUUUCGUACACCGAAAGGUAUCUACUGUUACAAAGUUAUGCCUUUCGGAUUGAAAAAUGCUGGGGCAACCUACCAAAGAGCAAUGCAAAAGAUCUUUGAUGACAUGCUACACAAAAAUGUAGAGUGCUAUGUUGACGACUUGGUUGUCAAAUCCAAGAGAAAAGAAGAUCACCUGCAAGACUUAAGAAAGGUUUUUGAAAGGUUGAGGCGCUACCAAUUAAAAAUGAAUCCUCUCAAGUGCGCUUUUGGAGUCACCUCCGGAAAAUUCCUCGGAUUCAUUGUCCAUAGUCGUGGAAUUGAGAUUGAACAGGCAAAGAUAGAUGCCAUCACAAAAAUGCCUGAGCCUCGUAACAUCCACGAGCUAAAAAGCUUACAAGGAAAAUUAGCAUAUAUAAGAAGAUUUAUCUCUAACCUCGCUGGACGAUGUCAACCUUUCAGCCGAAUCAUGAAGAAGGGAGUGCCUUUCCAUUGGGAUGAAGCAUGCAAGAAGGCAUUCCAAAGUAUCAAAGACUACUUGACAAAGCCACCAGUGCUGACAGCCCCAAUUCCUGAACAUCCGUUGACGCUUUACAUCGCUGCACAAGAGCGUUCAGUUGGAGCCUUGUUAGCACAGGAAGCCAAUAAAAGGAAAGAAAAUGCCCUUUACUACCUCAGCAGAAUGAUGACACCAAAUGAACUAAACUAUUCACCGGUGGAAAAGAUAUGCUUGGCGCUCAUCUUCGCCAUAAAAAAGUUGAAGCAUUACUUCCAAGCGCACACUAUCCGGUUGGUGUCCAAAGCAAAUCCCUUGAAAUAUGUCAUGUCAAAGCCUGUCCUUUCUGAUCGACUCGCGAGGUGGUACCUGCAGCUGCAACAAUUCGAAAUCAUAUAUGUACCACAGAAAGCUGUAAAAGGACAAAUAUUGGCUGACUUCCUUGCUGAUCAUCCCAUCCCCGCUGAGUGGGAGUUGUCUGACGACUUCCCUGAUGAAGACGCGCUUUUUCUCGAAAUCACCCCACCAUGGAAAAUGUAUUUUGACGGCUCAUCACACAAAAAUGGAGCUGGAGCCGGAGUAAUAUUUGUCACAUCACAAGGAGAAGUCCUUCCAUACUCUUUUGCCUUAAAAGAAAAGUGUUCAAAUAAUGUGGCUGAGUAUCAAGCACUCAUCCUCGGCCUAAAAAUGGCGGUAGAUAUCAAGCAACGCCAACUUCAAGUAUACGGGGAUUCCAAGCUGGUUGUAAAUCAAAUCACUGGAGAGUUUGAAGUGAAGAAACCAGAACUAAUGCCUUACUUAAAGUAUGCUAAGGCACUCAUUGAGUUACUCGGGGAUGUCUCUAUUGAAUAUGUCCCAAGGAAAGAGAAUGGGCAAGCUGACGCUCUGGCUAAAUUGGCAUCGACUCUAUCCAUCCCGGAUCAACAGGUGUAUAUUCCGAUACGCAAAGUUUGGGUGGAUUCCUGCAAGUAUGAAGAAGAAGAAUGUGUUGAAAAAGAAGUAAAUCACCUCAUCGAGGUGUUUGAAAUUGAAGAAGAAGAAGAAGAUUGGCGGCAACCAAUGUUAGAUUUCUUAAAAUAUGACAAGCUCCCGAGUGACCCGCGCAGACGAGCAGAUAUCCGAAGAAGAGCUGCACGCUACGCCUACUUCAACGGCAUACUCUAUCGUCGGUCGUUCGAGAACAUGUUCCUUCGAUGCCUCGGCAAUCAUCAAGCCAAACAAGCUAUGGAGGAAACUCAUGCCGGAAUCUGUGGAGCUCAUCAAGCUGGCCCAAAGUUACACUUCCGAAUAAAGAGGAUGGGGUAUUAUUGGCCAACCAUGGUUAAAGACUGUAUAGAAUUCGCACGGAGCUGCCAACCGUGUCAAUUCCAUGCUAACUUUAUCAAUCAACCACCGGAACCAUUGCACCCAACUAUUGCUUCGUGGCCAUUCGAUACCUGGGGCAUGGACGUUGUAGGACCACUCACAAAGUCGUCCGCUGGACAUCUCUAUAUCUUGGCCGCAACAGACUACUUCUCCAAAUGGGCAGAAGCAGUUCCUUUGAAAGAAGUCAAAAAGGAGACGGUAGCUGACUUCAUACGAGUCAACAUCAUUUACCGUUAUGGAGUUCCUCGGUGUAUCAUCACUGAUAAUGGAAGAUCUUUUGCCAAUACUCACAUCGACAAGCUUUGUGAAAAGUUUGGCUUUCAACAAAAGAAGUCCUCAAUGUAUUAUGCACCGGCAAAUGGACUCGCAGAGGCAUUCAAUAAAACACUUUGUAACUUGCUGAAAAAGGUUGUCUCCAAAUCAAAAAGAGAUUGGCAUGACCGCAUUGGUGAAGCUUUGUGGGCCUAUCGUACUACAUUCCGCACUCCAACACAAGCGACACCAUACUCACUUGUAUAUGGGGUCGAAGCUGUCCUCCCAUUGGAAAGACAAAUUCCUUCACUAAGGAUCGCUCUCCAGGAAGAAUUGACGACCGAAGAAAAUGUCAGAUUAAGACUCGAAGAGCUAGAGGCUCUCGACGAGAAAAGACUACAAGCUCAACAAAGACUGGAGUGUUAUCAAGCACGAUUGUCUCGAACUUACAAUAAAAAAGUCAAAUCACGAUCCUUUCAAAUCGGGGACUUGGUUCUUGCUGUGAGAAGGCCCAUUGUGAUCAACUUUCGUUCGGGAAAUAAAUUUUUAUCCAAGUGGGAUGGACCCUACGUCGUCACUCAGGUUUACACGAAUGGUGCAUACAAGUUGACAUCUCAAGACGGAUUCCGGAUAGGGCCAAUCAACGGGAGGUUCCUCAAAAGAUAUUAUGCGUGA